CUUAUAUUUCUCUAACUAUACACUAAUCAAUUACCUUAUAUUUCUCUAACUAUAAAAUAACCAAUGCUCUUAUUUAAUACUCAACUUACUAUAAUACACCAAAGAUUUAUACAUCAAUAUUAUUAAUUCAGAAUCAUUGAUAUAUUUUACCCCUAUUUUUUUUUGGAACAUUACUUUUGUACCACUAAACCUAUUAAAAGAAACAGAUUAUUUUAUAACUGAUUUAAUAAUCAUACAACCCACGAUCAUUUUUCUUUAACAAAAACAAUUAUUAUAAAAACAUUUGGAUUUAUGGUAAUUAAAGUCUGAACAAUACCAUGCUUUUAAUUCAUAUUAAAUGUUUUAUGACCCAAACUAACAUGAUACCAUUCGACGGUCAAAACAUAUUAACUUCCAAUUACGAUUAGAGAAAUAGUUCACAGUACAACAACAAGCUUAAUUAUAUUUUAAAAUUAUAGUUUUUUCUUUGAAAACCUUCUUAUGUUAUUUUUGUGGUAAAAAUCUUUUACAACUGGGUUUAUUAUGAGAAAGAGUUUUGUAUAAAUAUUUUCUCAGAAAAUUAUAGAAUUUUUAGGAUGUUUUUUAUGUUUAAAUAAAAUAUAUUAUUUAUUUUUAACAUUUAUAGGUAACUCAACUAUACUCAACUUAAUAAUAAUUUCAUUUAUAAAACUCAAAAAUUUAAUCUUAAUAUAGUCAUUAUAAAACCUAUAAACUAGAAUGUAUAAUAUAAAAAAAUGUAGUUUAUUCAAUUUUAUAUCUUAGUAAAAUUUAUAUGAGAAAUUUAAUCAAAUUUUGAAAAAUAUUAUCAUGUUAUUUUAGAUAUUUAUCAUGUCAUCUGGUAUAGAUUCACGAGUUAAUAUGAGUUUUAAAUUUUAAAGGAUUUUAAAUAAUAGAUUUUUAUUAAACUGAAACUAGAUUAUAUAUGGUGACUGCGUUUACUGGUUUGACUGUGGAUACCACUUAUUGGUGUUUUGGUUCCUUUUAGUAGAAAAUUAGACUGAAUGUUGAGGACUUAUUAAGAUAUUUUUUUAAUAUUUGAAAAAAAUGUUUGAGUAAUUUAUUUUUAUUGGAUAAUUCAGCUUAUAAAUAGUAUAUUUAAGAUAUUUAGUUAUUUAGAAAUUACAUAUAAUUAAUAUUUGUAGGUAUAUAAUUUGUAUUUUAAAAAUUCAGGUAUCUAUUUAUCUUGGUUCUAGAUAUACAUGAUAUGUUCGGUUAUUUAUAAAUUUUGGUUCAAGUUUAGUUUUAUUUUUUCAAUUUGGUACGGGUUGAUUAUUCCGUUCCGAAUAAUAUGGCCAAACUAAUAAACUAUCUUAUAUAAAAAUUUAUAUUAAAAAUUAUUAAAUUCAAAAAAUAAACCCGCGCUUUCUAAGCGCGGGUCAAAAUCUAGUUUUUAUUUAAACUUCUGCAGCUAACGAAAACAACAAAUCCAGUUAGCAGUUCCACAAAUUGAGGUGCUUUGAUAGGCAACGAAUUAGUGGUUCAAGUAUAGAAGAUAACUCCAAAAACGACUUUGUUCGAAAAUAUUGUUGUUUAAUUUUAGAGGAAAAUAGCAGUCUUUGGUUAUAUCCUCUUCGAUAGCCUCUCCGAUCUUCCCGGCUAACCAGACGUUUCGGAGUUUUCUUUCAUUUCCUCUGAUAAUUCCAGCAAAUCCCGAGAAAAUCAUGUAAUACAGUUUUUUUUUUUUGUUAAACUCAUAAUACAGGUAUUUUCUUCUAUCUCCAUCCUCCUAUUUCUACUUGUCACCCACACAUUAUUUUGUACUUUCUCGUCUCCUAGGAUCUUCAUGAUUUGAUUUACAACAUAACCAGAAUCAAUGAUGAGUGACCUAUAUGGGUCAAUCUUCACUAGAUUCUGUUUUCUCUGAGAAAUUAUCUUUCUCUGAGACGUUUAUCUCGCUUACAAUCUGAAGAUCCCAUAUCAUCUUUCUCUUUACGUGUUUUCGGUAUGACUCGUCGUCACGUGAUAUUGAUAUCUGACGAAAGAAGCUCUCCGCCCAUGACAACGAAGAUGAGCAAACACGCGGAGAGGAGGAAGGUGGGAGAAGUAGCGGGAGGAGCGGCGGCAGAGUGCGCGGCGGUGUGCUGCUGCUGCCCAUGCGCGGUGGUUAAUUUGGUUGUUUUGGCUGUUUACAAGGUUCCCGCGGCUGUUUGCAAGAAAGCGUGGAAACGUAGCAAACGUCGACGUUUUAUGAUGAAACGACAUGGUUUGCUUGCAUCUUCAGCGGGGGCGAAAGGGAGCGAGAGCACCGUGCAUGCAAGAUUGAAGGAAGAAGAUCUAACGGCUGAGAUUGUUGUUAUUGAGGAAAACGAAGCGAAUUGCCAACCAAACGAUGUUAUCAUGCUUGAGGAUGAAAUGUUGGAACAUUUUUAUGGGGCGGGUUUUUGGAGAAGCCCGUCACAGAGGGAUACGUCAACGGGAAAAUUUUAAAUUCUGUGAACUUUGUGAGAGAAUAAUAGUAUUUGAUUUAAUAUAUACAGUAUUUGACUUUGAUAAUUAUGUGGGUAUGUGAAUAGAACAAAAAAAACAUAGCAGUAUUUAUGCUUUUAAUUUUGUUUGAUUCAAAUAUAAUGUUUACAAUUCUUUGGUU